AUGUAUUUUAUUAGUACACUUUUUAUCAUCAUAGUAAUAUUCUAUGACAAUUCAGUAAAUGGAAUAGAUUUAGGCUAUCCAACGAUUACUCAAGCCGGUUUUCAUCAUAAUGCAUUACUCUAUAUUGAUGGAAUUCAUUCACCUGAAAAAUUAAUGUUAUGGCUUACAGGUUCAUAUGAAUCAAUUGAUUCUCAUCAUGUUAUUUUUGAUACAAUAACAAUUCUUGCUGAAAGAACACCAUCAAAUUCUUUAACAGCAUAUUCAACAAAUGAACAAGAUUGGAUAUGGUUUCUUGAAAUAAAACUUUUUGGUUCAUAUGGUAUUCUAUCAAAUCUAACUCAAGCUUUAAAUCAAUUAAAUAUUAAAAAUCAAAAAUUACAAAUUAUUAUUAUGUUACCAUAUAUAGAUCCAAUUGGACAAGAAAAUUUUUCAUCAACAUUAAAUUUAUCUAUUCAAAGUCAUCGUCAACAAGUUAUUCAAUGGUAUAUUGAUACUGUCAAAGAACAAAUUAAACAAUAUUCAAUGUUAUAUUUAUGGGGUAUUUAUCUUAUGCGUGAAGAUAUUAUUUUUGGUAUAAAUGAACAAAUAACAUUAGAAAUAAGUCAAAUUGUUCAUACUAAACAAUUACGUUUACUUUGGAUUCCAUAUACAAGUGCAAUUAAUUGGAAUAAUUGGACAAAAUUAGGUAUUGAUAUUGCUAUUAUACAACCUGGUUAUGCAUUUUCAUCUCCAUUAAUGCAAGGAACAUUUAAUUCUGGUCGAUUACGUACAACUGCUAAACUUGCUCAAAAAUAUGGUUUAGGUGUUGAAAUCGAAACAAAUCAAGGAGCUAGUACAGAAUAUGAAAUAGCACUUUUACAAAAUUAUUUAUCACAAGGUUUUAUUGAUGGUUAUCAAAAUGUACCGACUGCUUAUUUUCUUGGUAAUUAUGAUAGUAUAGCUCGAUCGAAAAAAGCAUGUGAUCUUAUUCGAAAUUAUACAUCUGGUCUUCGAAUUGAACCAACAUUUGUUUCGAAUACGAAAUGGUUUUGGACAACGAAUCAAAAUCUUCAAGCAACAAUCAAUAUAUCAUCAAAUAUUAUACCACAAAGUAUUCGAAUUAAUUGGUCAUUAAAACAUAAAUAUUGGUUUGGUCGAGUUACAGUAGAAGGAUUUAUUACAAUGGAUAAUAAUUAUACAUGGAAAUUGUUGAGUAGCACUGAAAUAGGUGAAAAAAAUUGGCGUGAUGAAGAUUGGACAAGUACAUUAUUACCAUUUUCAUUAUUACCAUCACAAAAAAUUCUAUCACUUCGAGUUUUAUUUAUAAGUUCAAUUUUUUUGCCUUUACUUACUGAUGAAGAUCUUAUUAUUGAACAAAUACCAAAUGGUAUUGCACUUCAAGUAAGUACAGGUGCUCCAUAUCAUAUAUCACCUUCAAUGUUUUCUUAUAAUCCUCAAUAUGGUGAUACAAUAAAUGAAACAUUCUCAAAUUUUAAUCGUGGUUUACUUACUGAUAGACAAUGGUCAAAUGAUGAAUGGCAAUCAACAAUGUCUAUCGGUUGGUUAGAUAAUUCCUAUUCUCAUUCAUACAUACGUAUCGCGCUUGAUUUUGGUAAUAUAAUACAUGUAGAUCAAAUUUUAGUUCGUUCACAUGGUGGUUCAUAUGAAGGUGUUAAUUGGCCUAAUAUUGUUCGUCUACUUAUCAGUACUGAUUGUGUACCAUUCUCAGCAUAUAGUUCAUCUGAUUGUACUGUAAAAAGUUAUCCAUGUACAGAUCGUAUUAUAACUGGUGGUACGGAUAUGAAUCAAGGUGGUAUAUUAUCAUUUACAUUUUCGAAUUCUCUUCGUUGGGCAACACUUGAAUUUCAAUCAAAUGCUUGGCUUAUGAUUGAUGAAAUACAAGCUUUUGUUAAUGGACGUGAAAUUUCAAAUUUAAUUAAUUAUUAUUUUCUUACACCAUCAACUUCAAAAAUAAUAUCAUCCAGUGACGGUACUUAUUUUGAUGAUGGUGUUCGUCUUACUGAUGGAGUUAUAGCUGGUAUGAUGGGACCAAUUACAGGAUGGCUAAAAAGUGAAUCACAUACUAUUACAAUUGAUUUAUUAAUGAAUCGAAAUAUUCGUGAAACAUCUGUUUGGACAUUAAUUAAACCUGAUUGGGCUAUAAGCCCACCGAGAUUAGUAGUAGUUAGUACAAGUUUAGAUGGUAUAACAUGGAUUUUAUUUAGUGAACAUGGACAGAUGCAAAUAGGUGAACGCAUGUUAGAUGCUCAACGUUUAUUUAUUACUAAUAGUAAUACAAGUCUAGUUCGAUAUAUUAAAUUUGAUUUUGUUACUGAUCAGUUAUUUCCAGGAUGGUGGACAAUGGUAUCUGAAGUAACAGCUACGGAUUAA